UUUAUUCAAUCGAUGUAGAACUCCUAAUGAACUGGCAUUGAAAUUGGGUUUCACGUCCACCGGAUGAGGCCUAAGAUAUUGAUGUAUUAAUAUAGAUUAAUUGACAUUCCUUCGGGCAGACAAAUCAUGAUCGGCAAAUGGGAAAUUACCGUAAUAGAGCAGUUGAUCAGUGUCAACCGGGCUCAUUCAACAGUGCGAUCCCGACCUAGCCACAAACCAUGACAUUACAAAGAUGCUCAAGAACAGCUCCAGCACCAGCACGAAGGUAGCAAGAUUGUAGCAGAACUCGAAACGGAACGGAAGACAGCACAAUCAUCGGUAAAGGACGGAGAGAAAGAACUGCCACAUAUUCGACGGCAUCGGCCUACAUAACUAGUGACAAUGGAUUGGCUUUAAUUUGAUUUUGUGCUCGCUCGUACCCGUGCCCAGCGCCCCGUAACGGAACAAAUUCUGCUGGUUGACCGCUGAUCGGUUUCCAGGACGUGAAUGGGACAACAAAGUAAAGGAACUGAGAUUGUGACACUAAAUUGUGACACCCUAAUAGAAUAGACAGAAAUAAGCUCAAGGUUCCGAGGUCAUACGUUGACUUGGUGGUCGUCGAAGCAUUGGGAUACCGGGCGCUCCCUCACAGAUGUGGUCAAAGGUCCGUCUAGCUGCAAUUCCAGAACAGGAAAUCGUACGUCGAUAAUUAAAACAUAAUACAAUCUGCCCUAGGUUUUGAGUUGAUAGAACUUAACACAGAGCCGACAUAAUCUUCAAGACUUUAUCACGCAACGAAGGAAUCGUUUAGGGAUUUUCUAUCUACUAGUUCUCGCGCUGUUCCAGCCAUCUGAUUCGUUGAGUUGGUCUGGAUGGAAGGCGGAGCUACUCGAGCAUAAAUGCGUUCAAGUGGAACCUAUUCAAAGUCCCUCUAAUUGAUGGCAAGAGCAUGAAGCAGCUUGUGCGGAGAACGGCAGAGAGCCACAGACGGAGUUUUAUGCUGCGCAAUGUUUUAUGCUAUUCGGAAAGAGUCCGUUCCGAGGAAAAUAGAGAGCCCGAGAGAGUUGUCCAAGCUGGUGAGGGGAAUGCUCAGUUAUGCUGCGUGCUAAGAGAAGGCUGCCGUGGGUCAUAGAGGCUCGCUGAGGACGCAGUCUCCGAUCAGUUCGCAUUACGCACUCGACCCGCUAGGACACGGGCAAAGGGCCACACAAGUAAAGGCAAAUAUUGACGCAGUUUGAUAAUGUUUUUGAGACGUGUGUAGUGUAAUUUGUGUGAUUCGGAAAAUCAACCGUCUGGAUGUGUUGUGCUAUGCUCAACAAAUAGUGAAACCAAUGUGAGUUUAAAGUGAGAUCGUUUGGAUACUUGACGAAGAAUUUAUUAGACUGCUUGUGGAUGAAUCGUUUCGUGCGUACAAUUGAGCCAAUGUGAACAAACAACGGAACAGGAGCAACGUCUGAGAAGAGAAAUUAAAUUAUUGUCCCGAAAUUCAAUUGAACUUUCGGUUCAAGUUAUCCGGGAACUCGGGAAACGAAAAUAGCGCAACUUCAUUGAGAUAUCAGCAACCGAGUGGCAGAAUGGUGAUUGUGUAAGUUGGAAACUACAGCAUGUUGUUUGCGUGCCGUGAUCGAUCAAGCUCAAUCGGAGCCGUUUCCGCCCCUGAGUGUCCCACGAGUACGAGAGUCGAGUUGAGCCUGUAUAUUUGAUUAAUGGUGUCGAAUGUUUUUGAUUAUCGUUUCGCUAACAGGCAAUCGAACGUGAUCAACUCGAGCGGUGGCAGUGGACAGCUCGGUAUCGACUGGGACAUUAACGAUCCGAGCGUGCCGAUCGUGACCGAGUCGGACUACGAUGGAUUUAACGAGUGGAGCGAUGGCCACUGUCGCCACAUCUACCGGGCGACGAGCGAGGAAGCAAAGCGCCAUUCGUCCGGCUGGGCGAUGCGCAACACCAACAACCACAACGUAAACAUCCUGAAGAAGAGUUGUCUCGGUGUGCUGGUAUGUUCGGCCGGUUGCAUCCUGCCGAACGGGGACAAGAUACAUCUACGGCCAGCCAUCUGCGAUAAGGCACGGCGCAAGCAGCAAGGCAAAGCGUGUCCAAACAGAUUGUGCAUUGGAGGUAUCUUGGAGAUAUUGCCAUGCCGUGGACAUUGUGGUUACCCGGUGACUCACUUUUGGCGCCACACACCACAUGCAAUAUUUUUCCAAGCCAAAGGAGUUCACGACCAUCCACGUCCGGAAGCGAAGUCAUCUGGGGAAACGCGCCGAGUGUUGGGCUUGGGUCGCCGUGAGCGUGUACUGCGGACGGUGCAGUCAAAAAUGAAUAAAAUAAACGGCAUCAAACAGUCCAGAAAGUCGUCAAAGCAGCUUUACACUAUCGCAAAAGCAACUAGCUACAGUUCCAUCUCGUCAUCUGAAGUUAUUAAAUCGCCGGAAUCUUCCUUCGAAGAGAACAACUACCAGCUGGAUUACCUUAACGGAUCAUCUGUACCGGUGGGUUGUACCUAUAGCAAUACCCACCAUUCUCAGGUGCAACAGCAGACCCAACAACUUCAGCAACAACAGUCACUACAAUGUCCACAGAACCCUCCUGUACCGGAUUACUCACAAAACUGCUUCUACGAUACAAACUUUAUCCAUCCCGAGGAAAUCUUUCAGCUAGACCAACCUCUUCGCCCAGUAAAUGGUACUGCGAACAAUAAGUACCAGCAACAGCAACAUCUUGUUGGAUCACCACCCACCAACAUGUUCGAUCUCGAUCUGGGGACGGAUGGGAAGACCUCAUACAACAGUAAAAGCGAUCAGUAUUCCCUUUACCGAGGUGGUGAGUUUUCUUCCACCGGUAUUGGUCGUUACCUGGACUGCGUCAAGUACGAGAGCAGCACCGAUACGGACACAGCCAGCCUUACCAGCAGCGGAUGCUCGAGCGUUCUGGAUGAUAUUGCGUACUACGCAAGUCCACAGAUCGAUUACCAGAACAACAACUCACACACGAAUAACAACUCACUUGCGCAACUCGACAUGAACAAGAUGGGACUGCGUGCGUGCGAUGGCAUCAAUUCGUUCUUUAUUAACCAAUCAAGUUGCGUGUCACCGACGACUAAUGAUCGUAAGUCGUCUGACCCGGGCCACCACACGCAGCAUCAGCUAGAUGCGUAUGGGUCCGGAGCACUAAGCUACGAGAAUUACAGUGCGUCUUCCUCCCCGAAUGCGUCCCAGCUGUACGGUAGCUACGAAACUACCAUCGGACAGACAUCUUUGGGUCAAUCGUUGACUCAUUCCUCCACAUCACCCGAUGGACGGAUGGUACCGACGACAGAAAUGGUUGGUACGUCCAUGUCCUCUUGUGAGCAACAGCAGUGCAGUAACAGUGUACAGGGGACAACGGCAGCAGACAGUGGUUGUUGGUGGAACAAUAGCUUCUUCCAGACCACUCUCGGUACCACAGCUUCCAGCAGCUCUGAGGGAUGGAAUCAAACGUAUCAUGAGGGCACGGUAGUACCCGUCGGCAGUCAGCAUUCGCAGCAGCUAGAACCACAGUUCUACGGAAUGGAGCAGUGUGAAUAUCUCAGUUAGAUAGCGAGAAGCGACAUCGCGACUCGUUGUAGAUAGCGUUGGAAUGGUGAUCUCUUCUGUUGUCUACCCUGUUGAUCAACUUGCUUUUGUUGCACAUUCCAUACUGAUCUAUCCAUUUUAUGUUAGACGUUAAGCUUUUAGCGUUCUUAGUUUUUAGUUUUAAGCAAACAAACAAAACUGAUGGAACGCAAAAUCAAAGUACCAAGGUAGGAGUUGUGGCAUAGGAUAAUUGUAGCGUGUUUUUUUAUACAUCACCAGAUCUAGUGAAAGGGACAUUUUUUUGUCUUUCUCUCCCUUCUUUUUCUCUCGUCAAAAAACACAUUAACCACCGCAGCACACAGUCUGAUUAUUUUUAAAUGUACACUUUUACGCGAGAGGAAAGAACGCGAUGGUGGAACCAGUGUUUAGGUAGAAUGGCUGAUUAGUUGUGUAAGGUUUGUUUUGUUAAAACAGUUCUAGUCACUGGAAUUUGAUUAUAUUUGUGAAAAUAAAUAAAAAUAAUGACAUGAAACGUAAACCAAAAAUGUAUUUCUGCUUGCUUU